UGGUUAUUAAAAUCUCUGGUCGACGUAAUUUCCAUCAUCCGUCAAGCGAGUCAAAAUUCAUCUCAAUUUGAUACCUACGAAACCGUCAUAAACAAGAAAUAAUUUUGCAACCUAUGUUCACUCAGCCCACCUUUAUAUUGAUCUUUUCAACGCGCCUUAAUAACUUCAUCUAAUCGAAUAAUUCAUUUCCAAACAUCUCCAAAGUUUGAUAGUGAAUUGUGGCUCAUUCAAAACUUCAAACAUUUCAAGUGUUUGUUUGAAUUCUUGAUCCUCCCAAUACAAUCAUGGCGACAACGAAACCGACAACGAAUAAUACAACACGAUCCUCAAAACUUCCAGUUAGACGUACAUCGGCAUCAACGGCCAGCAUCAUCUCUUCAAUGACUACCGUAAUGCCUAUCACUACAAAUCGAAAUUCUUUACCUGCUUUGGCAGAAACUACCAGACGCGCCACGCAUGUUACAAGAAAUGUACAAUGCACACAUUUGACUACUACGCGACUCUUUACCAGAGAGUUUCGAUGUGGUAUUUGUUUCCGAGAAAGUUCAUUUGGAUGGGUGUGGAGAUGUACUCAAGAUCGUGAACUCAUGUUAGAGGAUGACAUGGAUCAUGGACAUGCUGUAAGUUUUUAUCGAGACAUUUCAAUCUUCGCAUAACCUUAUUUAUUAACAUCGAUAAAGAGUCGAGAGAAACUGGACGACCUCUGUGAUAUUUUCCCAAGACGUACGGCGCCCAGACCUCGUGGACCAGAGGCACGUAAGUCAAGACUAAGUUUCCUGGAUGAAAUCAGUAACAAAGAUCUCAAAACAUAUACACCUGCGCAAAUCCAAACUAUUCUCAGACAACGCAGUCAUGUUAGUAGUAAUUCUCCAAUUUCUUAAAUACCCUUUCUGACAUCACAUUCAGCUUCUUGACGUCCUUGCCGAUUCUGAGGAGCCUGAACUCACACCGUCAAACUCUUCCACCAACAUUCCCGCUUUUGUUCAAUCCUUUCUCCCGCCCAUCGCUCAGUACCUCUCAAACAGUCCCAAAUAUGAGAGUUACAAACCCGCGUCCAUGGUUACCGUCUAGAGGUACAGAGUGUCAGUUCAAAUGUUGCCACACAUGCAGGCCCACCCUCCUCGAUCGCAGCUUUCUUAGUCUCAAUGCCAUUUUGAAUGACGACCUACCUUGCACUGCCGUCACUGGAUUUGGGUUUAAUUUACAGAAAUUCAGACCUGUAGCCAAAGUUGAGAUUGUUAAAAAUUUGGGAUUAAGACCAAAUCCAGUUCCUCUUGUAUGUAUUAAUAAAAAUAUUCUCCCUAUCAAGUUUACUACAAUUAUAUACACAUAGACUAACCCAAUUCAGGAGCUCAAUCCGAGCCGAUCACGAUCUCGAAACCUACGAUAUCAAAAACGAGCGGCGAACCUUGGUCUUGGUAUCCUUACUCAUCGAUCAAAUGCCACUCUAAGUCCUAACAAUCCAAAUUACAAUUCUUCGCCCUCUCCAACACAUACCUGCAACCCACAUCCAGCUCGUAACUCUUUUCCCAGAUCUGAUUUCUUUUCUAACUCUCCUUCCUUCAUCCCCGGAUCUUUUCCAAUUUCUUCCGAGACCACUUCAACAUCUACUGAAUCUAGCACCUAUCCUUUUCCUUACAUCGCCAUGCCAGCUCCUACCUACCAAUCAAACAAUAUCGUCAAUCCAUUCAAAUCCACGAACUCAAACAUCCCCCAAAACCAUGCAGUGCUAAUUCCUCUUCCUCCACAAACUCCAUCUGAAGUCUCACUAUUAGCUACUCCUACACCAACUUUAAUGGAAGAAUCCGAGUCUGAUGGUCACUUUUUUGGUGCGGAACCGUUGGAAGUAGAGGAUGGGGUUGCUGUUAUGGAGGAAGGUGUAGGUUUACAUGUUCCAGAUGUUUUGAUUACACAAUAUUAAGGUAAGAUGUGGAAAAGUGCUUUCGUAAUGAAGAUGUUAUUGGGAGUGGCAAUGCCAUUGAACAGGUUAUUGUGAUUUGAUUUGGGCUCACGAUACGAAUGAUGCGAAUGAUAUGAACAAAGGAACGGCUUAUUGGCUAUGAUGCGGGCUUGACUGGAUUUAUUCAUAACUGCGCCAUCAAAAAUGGUUUGGAUGUCUAUUAGGGAAUGGGGUUUUGCUGUGCGAUAUAAAAAGUCGGAGAGGGAGAUGUGAAUAAACCUUGUAUGGAGUAAAAUAUUUGGGACUGGAUCCCUGAAUUAUGAGAAAAAGUAUGCGAUACAAAAAGACAAGAGCAAUAAGAAUGAUAUUGUAUAGAGUAUAAUAUCAACA